AUGUUCUUGGCGUCUCGUUGCAAGACCUUUCAAGAGUGGUUUGGUGCCUUGUGCGGCGCUACCCUUUGUUUUGAAGAAAAUCCUGAUUCAGUGGCAAGUGGCAAUGUACGCUUAGGCGGCUGGAUCAAGUUUGCACGAGCUUUGUGCAAGUACUGUUUUAUGCGAUACUGUGUGGAUCCGCUCCUUUGCUCCGAUCCGGUCGAUAUCCUGGCGCUACGACCGUACGAUCCUUAUGCGCUCUUUCAAACCGUUCUGUUAGGGGUGAAGGCGUAUUGCGUUCUAGGUUUUACGGAUGCUUUCAUGGGCCUCGUCCAACUAACUCUUAAUGUGCCCCUUAUCGACUUUUUUGAUUCCCCGAUAUUGGCGUACAGUCCUAGAGAUUUUUGGAGGUAA